UUGAUUUUUUUAAGCGAAGUUUUAAAGGAAAAGAAAAGGCUCAAACCUACCAGUCUGCAAACAUUGCUAACAUGCUAAUUAACAUAAUCAUGCUGUAUAAUAUUUUGGAAGUAUUGGGUAAACCCUCAUGAACACUGUGCUUUGUUUAUAGGAGUGGCAAGCCACCAUCUCACCCAAUUUGGAUCCUGGCUUCCCUCCAAAGACUGGCUAAUAUUCGAUUACCUUCCAGAGUAGCCAGCACUAUAUGGACAUGAGAUACAGGGAUGAAAGUUUAUUCGUUUUAAACUAAUUUUUUUGCCACAUAUUUACAUAGGUUUUCCUCACCAAAGAUAACUUCAAGUGUAAGUAAAAUCUUCAGCUUGUGUAAUUGUGCUUGUCUGUAAUAUUUUAUUUCUGGAGUUACAGUAAUUUCUUCUUACUUCAAUUACUUACAUUCAACCACAGCCUGAAAAUAAUAAAUACUAAAUUCCCAAAUUAACAUCUUCUAAGUUUUAAACUGCAUACCAUUCUGAAUAACAUGGGACUGUCUUGCAGCUUUCUGUUCUGUCCCACCCAGGAUGUGAAUAAUUUCUUUGUCCAGUGUAUCCACAUUGUUUGCACAAUCUGCUUAUUAGUCCUGAACUAGUCAUCUGAGUUACAAGAUUGGCAUGGAUUUAAGUAAACCCAUUUUACUUAAUUCAGGCCUCAAAGCAUGGGGGUAGUGAUAUAAGCAUCACUAAAGUUCUCAGCAUAUAAGGGGGAAAAAAACCUAUGCUGUGUUGCUAAAUUUAUGGUAAGAAUCUUCUGUGAAAAAGAAAGUAAAAAAUUCUACUAGUCUUGCUGUUGUGCCACAGUGCAUGGUAAACGUUUAAUUAAGACGGAAACGCCAUUAAAUCUGUGGGUGGAAGACAUAAUCAGAAAACACAUCUCGAUCGUUGACAGCAUGUUCUCCUAAAGCAUUAAAUGUGUUCAAGGCUUUCAGCAAAAGUUCUUCUGAAAUGCUUGAUGUCAAGCCAUUUACAGGUGAUUAAAAGAUUCAGAAAUCUAUGUGGACUGGAAAAUGCAAAACUUCAUAGAGAAGCUGCAAGUCAAGUUCGUGAAGGACUUGCUAGCAUGCCUGAUGGAAAAGUGGAGAUGUCCUGAAGGCUCCUGAGAAGUUAACAAAUGAGGAAUUAGAACCUGUCACCAUCUACAGAGAGAGGAAGGGGAAGCUGAAACCAGACCUGCCGUACGGACAUCAAGAUUUGGUGAAGUGUGUGAAACUGCAUAGGCAUUAAAGGACAAGUUAUGGAAUGCAGUCCUCAGAGAGAGCACAGUAUUGAAGCCACCUGAAGGAUAUCUUUUCUGCAGCAGCUCUGGAUGAGUUAGAGAGACAGUAACUUCCAAAUAAAAUGUUCUUCCAAAAGAUCUUGCCAGAAAACCUUUCAACUGUGGAGACUCGUGAAUCAUCAGUAUUUCCUCCUGAUCUGGCUACCAGUGUUGCCAUACCUCAGUGAUCCAGGAUCACUUGAGACAGAUGAUCUUCCUCAGAAGAGCAGCAGUAGCCUAGGCGACCUCAGGGCCUCUGUCCUUCACUUCAUCAUAUCAUGUGGUCUGUACCAUAUGGUCAGUGCGAUGUGGUCUGUAUCGUGUGGUCUGUACUAUCUCCAUCAUCCCAGAAAGAUGAGUGAGAACACCGGAAGAAAAGACACAGAGUGAUGUAAACCAGCAGCAGUUUGUGCUCUCACAGUUCUAAAGGCUAUAAGCCCAAUACCGUAUCGAGUGAUUGUGGCCUCUAGGGAAGCCUCCUUGACUCCACUUCUUGGUGGCCAGGAGUCCUCGCCUUCUAGAUGCAUCAUUCCAGAUAUCUGGAGCGUUUGGAUAAUGUGAGAGUUGGGAUGCAGUGAUGUCGACUAUCUGCCCACCACCAUCUCCAGCUGUUGCCAAGACAGAGAUUGCCUUAAGUGGCGAAUCACCUUUGUUAGCAGCUACCUUUGCUUACUGGGACAAUAUUCUUGGUCCUAGAGUAAGGCACAUUUGGGCUCCAAAGACAGAGCAAGUACUUCUCAGUGAUGGAGAAAUAACUUUUCUUGCCAACCACACCCUAAAUGGAGAAAUUCUUCGGAAUGCAGAGAGUGGGGCUAUAGAUGUAAAGUUUUUUGUUUUAUCUGAAAAAGGAGUAAUUAUCGUGUCAUUAAUCUUCGAUGGAAACUGGAAUGGAGAUCGAAGUACUUACGGACUGUCAAUCAUACUUCCACAGACAGAGCUUAGUUUCUACCUCCCCCUUCAUAGAGCAUGUGUUGACAGGCUAACACACGUUAUUCGGAAAGGGAGGAUAUGGAUGCAUAAGGAAAGACAAGAAAAUGUCCAGAAAAUUGUUUUAGAAGGCACAGAGAGAAUGGAAGAUCAGGGUCAGAGUAUCAUUCCCAUGCUCACGGGGGAGGUCAUUCCUGUAAUGGAGCUGCUCUCAUCUAUGAAGUCUCACAGCGUUCCUGAGGAAAUAGAUAUAGCUGAUACAGUACUCAAUGAUGACGACAUCGGCGACAGUUGUCACGAAGGCUUUCUUCUUAAUGCCAUCAGCUCACACUUGCAGACCUGUGGCUGUUCUGUUGUAGUGGGCAGCAGUGCGGAGAAAGUAAAUAAGAUAGUGAGAACUCUGUGCCUUUUUCUGACUCCAGCAGAGAGAAAAUGCUCCAGGCUGUGUGAAACAGAAUCAUCCUUUAAAUACGAAUCAGGGCUCUUUGUCCAAGGCCUGCUAAAGGAUUCAACUGGAAGCUUUGUACUUCCCUUCCGUCAAGUAAUGUAUGCUCCAUACCCCACCACACACAUAGAUGUGGACGUCAAUACUGUAAAGCAGAUGCCGCCCUGUCAUGAACAUAUUUACAAUCAGCGCAGAUACAUGAGAUCAGAGCUGACAGCCUUCUGGAGGGCCACUUCAGAAGAGGACAUGGCUCAGGACACCAUCAUCUACACAGACGAAAGCUUCACUCCUGAUCUGAAUAUUUUCCAAGAUGUCUUGCACAGAGAUACUCUAGUGAAAGCUUUCCUGGAUCAGGUCUUUCAUCUGAAACCUGGUUUAUCUCUCAGGAGUACUUUUCUUGCACAGUUUCUACUUGUUCUUCACAGAAAAGCCUUGACACUAAUAAAAUAUAUAGAAGAUGAUACGCAGAAGGGGAAAAAGCCCUUUAAGUCUCUUCGGAACCUGAAGAUUGAUCUUGAUUUAACAGCAGAGGGCGAUCUUAACAUAAUAAUGGCUCUAGCUGAGAAAAUUAAGCCAGGCCUACACUCUUUCAUCUUUGGGAGACCUUUCUACACUAGUGUUCAAGAACGAGAUGUUCUGAUGACUUUUUAAAAGUGUGAUUUGUUACGACUUUCUCAUCUCAGUCAUGGUCGCUCCUAAAGUAGCUCAAUGACGUGGAAGUCUCAUCCCCAGAGUCCUGCUCAGCAACUGCAGUGAAAGCUAGGUACAUUACACCUGUCACAGCGUCUCUAAGGGGAUACCAGCUACAUUGUCAAACUGAAUGUCUGUUUUUCUAGAUGUAUUCUUUUAGGGACUUAAGUUUACAAUUAUAGUAAAUACUGUUACUGUCUUUUAAAGAUAUGCUAGGAUAUAAACUUGACCUAACAGCUGUUUUUGAAAUUUAUCGUGGUUUACAUGUAUCAAAGUAAAACUUAGUAGCUUUUACAGAUCCAUGUGGUGUGUAGGAUUACAUUUUUGCAAUCAACUGAAACUUAGAGUGUUUAAGUUUUCAAUUCUACAGAAAGGAACUACAAAUUAGUUUUUGGAAGAAGACAUUGAUCCAGAGGAUUGUUAGCUCAAGUUGCCAGAUCUUGCUUAGUCCUUUGGAUUCGGUCUGUAUAGACAUGCUGAAUGGUUGUGUGUGGUCCCACUUAUGGUGAAACACAGUGUGCUAUUUGUUUCUUGUUGUUAAUAUCCCAUAUAUAUAUAAAAUAAAAUAAACCUCUGUCCAAGAAAAUACAGAGAAUGGCAUAGUGGCAUUUUGUUUUAGUAGUUGUUACCAACUUUUUUUUUUUUCAGUCUUUUUGAAACAGGGUCUCCCUGUAACCCCAGCUGACCUGGAACUUGCUAUGUAGACCAGGCUGGCCUCGAACUCACAGAGAUCCGCCUGUUACCAACUUUUAAAAAUUAAUUUUCAUUAUUUUUGAGCCAAGUUAAAAUGUGCACCUCUGUGCCUUUCCCCCCCCCCCUUUGAAAUAAGAAUUUCUUGGAAGAGGGUCAGGGUGAAGGUCAUUUCCGUCUUGUCUUGCAGAAUCUGUCACGUACCUGCUUUAGCGGUCAUUAGAGAAAACCUGAAUUACUAAGAUCUUUUUUAAAGAUCAGAAAAUAGUUUCUUGUCUUCUUCCUCAUAUUUCUGCCCAUAUUUUUGAGGUGGUUGCCAUGUUCCAUGCAUCCCAUAAAGACAGCAAGAGAAAUUUUACUGAAGUAAAUUUUACUAGGUGCUACUUUGGCAGAACUCAGUGGUCUGUUUCUUUUGUUCCCUUCGUGUUUGGACCAUGGCUGGCUGUGAAGUAACUGAUCCAUGUAGCCUGUGCUAGAGCAGUGUUGGUGCUGGAGUGUACACAAACUCAAAUGUUUUCACUUAAUACUGUGGACUUAACGUGAAAGGGAAAAUAUAUUUAGUGUUUUAAAAAGGGAUACAGUGAGCCUUUUCCCUCACCAAAUUUAGCAAGUAAAACAUGUUGUAUUCUGAAAGAUCAUAGGAGCUUUGACAUUACACAUCAGAAAAAAUGUAGAUAUCGUAAUUUCUGAACACACUGAACAAGAUGAUUUAUGAGCUGCAAGUGACUUAAUCGUGAUAGAAUGUGUAGAUUCUACCUUUAGUGUCCUUUACUCGAUGCUUUUACCUACUAGAGUCUUAUCUAAGUGCUAAUUAUUUUCUUUGAUGUUUUACUGUAUUGUUAUAUAGACUGUAAGUUGUACAGUGAAGUAAGUUAUUAAAGCAUGUGUGAACACUGUUAUGUAUCUUUUCUCCUAGAUGGAGAAUUUUGAAUAAAAAUGUCUUUAAACUUU